ACGGCAUCAGUCGUCGCCACUCGCGCCGAAAACCAAACCGAAUUCACAGUGUGCUGAUUGUACAAAUGUACAAAUGUGCUCGUCGGAUUGUUCGCAUCACAGUUAUUGUUCACAACUAAACAUUCAACACUAAAUACUAAACAUAUCCGCAUGUGUAAAGUGUUAUAAUAUCACAGUGAAUAUAAAAUAUUUCAGUGAACAAAAAAAAAUCGGUAAAAUGUCUUCGCCCGUGAAAGAGAUUGAAGUGAACGUCGUGUCAAGUCCAGAAUCGACAUCGAGGAACAAUUCACCAGAACCUGAAUAUCGCUAUAAUCAUCAUGUUCCGGCAAACAUCACGUGCUUUCCGGUUAUCAAGCAAACGCAAGCGGACGAAGAGAAAAACGACUCGAAAGAUAGCACAAAAAGUACGGGCACGCCGAAAAACUCGGGCGCUUCCACAAACUUUUCGAUUUCGAGUAUUCUCAGCCGCGCGGAACCCGCGGCGAAGAAAAACGGAUACUUGCCGACGCAUCAGCAAGUCCUCGAAGCUGCCAUUUCAAGUAACAACGACAGCAACAUGCUUUCAAGAUUAGGUCUUAUGUCACAUUUCGGUGCUCUGGCGGCAGCUUCAAGUCGUUAUGCAGCGUUAUGUGGACCGACGGAUCCGCGCAGUAUACCUUGGUACUGGGGGCGGCUACAACCUCAACUAAGCCAAGAGAAAACAAGUCCAAAUGGCGGCACCUCCAACAAUGACGAUCAAUCGCCACCAAACUCACCGCGUGACUUUCACUCCACACUACCAUCAUCAGAGAGCAAUCGUAGCCCACGACCCACAUCACCCGACGGCCAUCGUUCACCACCCAACAGUCCACAUCAAACCACCUCGCAUACAUCCUAUCUGGAGCAGAAUUACCUAUCGCUAGCACGCGCAAAAAGUCCUUUCCGAGAAUCCGACUCAAGUAUGGUCAUCGACGAGGAGGUCGACGACGACGAAAGCGACUACGAUACAGAUAAAGACAAAAAAGUGCAAAACGCCAGUUUAAGCCCCGGCAGCUCACUGGCGAACAAGCGCAAGAAGAAAACUCGAACAGUAUUCUCCCGGUCGCAAGUUUUCCAACUAGAAAGCACCUUUGACAUGAAACGCUAUCUCUCCAGUUCGGAACGAGCAGGACUAGCAGCCAGUCUCCAUCUAACCGAAACACAAGUAAAGAUCUGGUUCCAGAAUCGACGGAAUAAAUGGAAGCGACAGUUGGCGGCGGAAUUAGAAGCGGCCAAUAUGGCGCACGCUGCACAGCGGCUGGUACGCGUGCCGAUACUCUACCACGAGGCGGCGGCAAACCGCCAUCCCUUCGAUCAGGGCCAUGCGUUAGCGCUGCAUCCGCAUCCGUUGGACGCACGCGAUUCCACCAACACCGGCGCUGUCGGCACACCCCCCGCCGGCUAUCCGAGCUCACUGUACUAUCAUCAUCAGGCGAGUGUCGCCGCCGCCGUGCACAGCCUACCAUCGAGUCCUGUAAGUCGACCGCCAAUGUCGGGCCUCGUCUGAAACCCGACACACCAGCCGCACUAGUGAAGCAAAAGUGAAGCAGAGAUGCAAAACGUACUAAGUACAAAUUAUUUAUAACAGAGAAAAAAAACUUCAGUGUGUGUAAGUGUGUAAACAUAUUGUGAGAAAGUGAACAAAACAUUUUAGCCAAAUAGGUUGUAUAUAUUUAUAUUUAUACAAGAGUGCAGAAACAGCGCGUAAACACUGCGCCAAAAAAGCACAGCUUGUGUUUUUUUGGUGUUUUAAAUAUAACUAAGCUAAAUAUUUAAAAAAGAAUGUGCAAGAUUAAUGAUAAUUAUGUUAAGAUUAGUGAUGCUUUGUACAUAUUCAUUGUAUUUAUUUUCUACUAUAUGACUAAAACCAAACAGCCGGAAAUAAUUUGUACAUAAAAUCUUUACAAAUCACAAUUUGUAAAUGAAAACUAUGCAACCACACAUACACAUAAAUACUCUUUAAACUAACAACUAUCUAAAUUAAUUGUGUAGCCACAUAUUGUUGUUACGAAAGUGAAAUAAAUGGAAAUUAGAUGAUAUUCGUGACAUUCCAAAA